AUGGCGAUCACCUUUUCAGAUCUACACACAGAGGAGGGUGUCAAAUCCGUGGAGGAGCACCUCGCCGGAAAAACCUACAUCUCCGGGGAUCAAUUGUCUGUGGAUGACGUCAAGGUAUACGCUGCCGUUGUUGAGAAACCCAGCGAUGCCUUCCCUAAUGCUAGCAGGUGGUACGAUUCCGUUGCCUCCCACCUUGCCAAAAGUUUCCCAGGAAAAGCCGUCGGAGUGAGUAUCGGUGGCUCUGCUGCUCCUGCUCAAGCUGAGGCACCUGCUGCUGCUGCAGCUGAUGAUGAUGAUGACAUGGAUCUGUUUGGUGACGAGACCGAGGAGGAAAAGAAAGCUGCAGAGGAGAGGGAGGCUGCUAAGAAGGCCACCAAGAAGCCCAAAGAGAGUGGAAAGUCCUCUGUGCUCAUGGAAGUAAAGCCAUGGGAUGAUGAGACCGACAUGAAGAAGCUUGAGGAAUGUGUUCGCGCUGUUGAGAUGCCUGGUCUUUUAUGGGGAGCUUCAAAACUGGUACCAGUUGGAUACGGAAUCAAGAAACUCACGAUCAUGCUCACGAUUGUUGAUGACCUCGUGUCCCCGGACAACCUUAUUGAAGACUUUCUCACCUCAGAGCCCAACAACGAGUACAUCCAGAGUGUUGACAUCGUCGCAUUCAACAAGAUCUAG